CGGAGGUGUGGGGGAUGCAGGCGCCCAGGAGCGCUCGCUCCGAGCAUCUUCUCCAGGCCUAAGGUAGGGCGACCUGGCUCGCCUGCCAGAGGGGCUCGGCUCUGCCCGCCCACCGCGGGGCGGGGCGCACGCUCGGAGGCUCGGGGACCGCGCGGGGCUGAAGCGUCGCGGGCUCCUGCGCGCGUCUCCCCGGCUCGGGAGCCCCUUGCCCGCCGCGCCGCCAGCCGCCGCCUGUAGUGUCCAGCCCGGCGGCGCUUGCCGCAGUCGCCGGCAGCGGAUCACCCGCGAGCGCCCAGGUAGGGAGCGCGGCCGGGAAGGCGGAGCGCGGCGCUGCGCUCUUCUGCCGAGCCGCUCACCCCGGCCCAGUCUGGCCCGGCCCAGCCCGCGGCCUCCGGUACCCCGAAUCCCACGGAGACCUGCCUUCCGCGCCUGGGUUGCGCUCCCGCUCCCGGGCCAUCCCUUUGAGACCCCCACUCGCCACAGCUUGUGAUCUAGCGUACGCACACGCCCACCCUCCCCAGACAGCCUGCACUGGCCCGAGGGUGCGAGUUCGCCUCCUUCUCCCAUCUUCCCAGCUGUGCCUCUGGCCAGGAGCCCCACCCCCAUCUUGUGCCAUCCCAGGUGGCCCUCUUCACCCCAGGGCUCUCUCAUCCAACGCCAGCCUAACUUUAAUUGACUCGGCGCAUCAGGUACCCCUCCCCAAACUUCUUACCCGAGUUCUCCAGGUGGCCCCACCGUUGGAGACAGCCCCACAGUCCCUCCUCGACCUCUUCUAAUCACUGCUUGGUGACCUAAGGACCCCGUUUUUGUUACAUACUCCUCCGGGGCGCAGUUUUUACCCAGCUUCCUUCCUCUUCUUUUGGUUUUAUCCUGUCCCCGCAUCCACCAUAUCCCGUCCUGGUCCUCAACCCUAGUCCCCAUGGUCCCAGAGCCGGGCCCUGUCAACAAUAGCAGCCCAGCCUGGGGGCCCGGGCCACCGCCUCUCCCAGGGGGAAGCGGCUGGGUAGCAGCCGCUCUCUGCGUGGUCAUCGUACUGACAGCUGCGGCCAAUUCGCUGCUGAUCUUGCUCAUCUGCACGCAGCCCGCGCUGCGCAACACGUCUAACUUCUUCCUGGUGUCGCUCUUCACGUCGGACCUGAUGGUGGGGUUGGUGGUGAUGCCCCCGGCCAUGCUGAACUCGCUGUAUGGGCGCUGGGUGCUAGCGGGCGGCCUCUGCCUGCUUUGGACCGCCUUCGACGUGAUGUGCUGCAGCGCCUCCAUCCUCAACCUCUGCCUCAUCAGCCUGGACCGCUACCUGCUCAUCCUCUCGCCGCUGCGCUACAAGCUGCGCAUGACAGCCCCGCGGGCCUUGGCUCUCAUCCUGGGUGCCUGGACUCUCGCGGCGCUUGCCUCCUUCCUGCCCCUGUUGCUGGGCUGGCACAAACUGGGCAACGCUCGGACACCUGCCCCCGGCCAGUGCCACCUAUUGGCCAGCUUGCCUUAUGUCCUCGUGGCAUCCGGAGUCACCUUUUUCCUGCCUUCAGGUGCCAUAUGCUUCACCUACUGCAGGAUUCUGCUGGCUGCCCGCAAGCAGGCAGUGCAAGUGGCCUCGCUCACCACGGGCAUGGCUGGUCAGGCCUUGGAGACCUUGCAGGUGCCCAGGACCCCACGCCCAGGGAUGGAGUCGGCUGACAGUAGGCGUUUGGCCACCAAGCAUAGUAGGAAGGCCUUGAAGGCCAGCUUGACCCUGGGCAUCCUGCUGGGCAUGUUCUUUGUCACCUGGCUGCCCUUCUUUGUGGCCAACAUAGCUCAGGCUGUGUGCGACUGCAUCUCCCCAGGCCUCUUUGAUGUCCUCACGUGGCUCGGGUAUUGCAAUAGCGCCAUGAACCCCAUCAUCUACCCACUCUUCAUGCGGGACUUCAAGAGAGCCCUGGGUAGGUUCCUGCCAUGCAUCCACUGUCCCCCGGAGCACCGGGCCAGCCCUGCCUCCCCCUCCAUGUGGACUUCUCACAGUGGUGCGAGACCAGGCCUCAGCCUGCAGCAGGUGCUGCCUCUGCCCCUGCCGCCGAACUCAGAUUCAGACUCAGCUUCGGGGGGUACCUCGGGCCUUCAGCUCACAGCUCAGCUUCUGCUGCCUGGAGAAGCAACCCGGGACCCCCUGCCACCCACCAGGGCCACUGCUGUGGUCAACUUCUUUGUUGCGGACUCUGUGGAGCCCGAGAUACGGCAGCAUCCACUCAGUUCUCCCACGAACUGACCAGCUCAAGACCUGGCCAGAGGAGAGCCACAUUCCUGAGACCUCAGCCCACUCUCCCUAAGACUGGGAGGUGGUAGGCCUCCUGGGAGUCUGCUGAGCUCCAUGAGACAUCCUCAGCUAGCCCCCAUCUUCCGCUACAGGCCCCUUGACAUGAGGGAUGACCAGAAACACCUCUGCAGGGUGUAGGGUGCUCCAGUGUGGAGUGUCAUUGUGGUUAGUGUAGUGUGGCUGGCGGAGCUGAGGGAGACGGGCCAUUUGGUUCAGGCCAGCAGGAAAGCAAUCUGUUCGUAGUCCUUUCUCUUUUGGUGAGCGGAAAGAGCACAUCCAUCUAGACACCCCGGUUCUUGUCUGGCCCAAUCCCCUGCUAUCCAAAGUGCCAUCAAUGGGCUACUUGGGUCUCUCACAGGCUCUGGGGAGUUUAUUCAAAGUGCCCACCCUCUCCACUGAAGAUGUGCUCAAUCAAAAUUGUAUGUUCAUGAGCUUCCCCACAUAUGUGUUCGCUGGACACUUCAGACCUGCCAGCCCUUAGGAUGGGGAUUGCAGCACUAAAGAGCACCUUAGGGGAAACCGGGCAGUCAGAAACAUGACCCUUUCCUCAACUGUAUAUGGCAGUUUGGGUCUUGGCACAGGUCUCGAGGGACAGUAGUGUUACCACCUUAUAAGACAAACUGAAGGCUGUGCCCAGCACCCGUGAAAGGUCAGUAGGUGGUAGAUUCUGUGGCUUUAACCCCUGGUCAGCCAGGGCUUGGCUCUCGUAGAAGGCUACCAAGCACCUCUCUCUUCUCCCCUCCCCUCCCUUCCUCUCUUCCCUGUUCUU